CUGUGGACCGCCCCCCAUCACAUGCCCUAUUUCCCCAAUGGGGGCCCACAAAUAUGUUUGGCACCGAGCCCACAAAAAGUUAAUCCGGCCCUGUGAUACAGACUGAAAUCACCAUAGCUUUGCAGUUCCUUUUCUACUUUCGCUUUCUAUCUUGGAGAAGGCAUCGAGAGAGACUCAUUUCACUUCAGCGUCCAACAAAAAAUAAAUGCCAUUUUGGCAGAAAUACGGAAGGAAAGACCAGGAUUCAGCUCUUUGUCUCUGUAAUUUUGCAGUCUCAUCACUGAAAUAGUGACUGACAAUGUAAACUAAUUAGAGGAGAAUGGAUGAGGAUUUUAGAAAACCUGGGAACACCAGAGAGAGCUCAAAACUGUUCCAAAGCUUAUUUCCUGGAUGUGUCAGAUCAAGUUACAGUGAAGAUGAAGAUUCUCUCAUUCUCCCACAGCUCCAGAGCCAGCUCCCCACUCCCUGGUUUUAUUGUUUUCUUCCUUAUUUGUUAUGUUCACAAGAUGGAAUCAGCAAAGUUCACAGUGAUUGGACCCCAUGACCCUGUCACUGCCAUCCUGGGUCAGGAAGCUGUGUUACCCUGUCAUCUGUCCCCCCCGAUGAAUGCUACAAACAUGGAGGUGAGAUGGUUCCGAACUGAGUAUUUAUCCAUUGUGCACCUGUAUCGUGAUGGGAAGGAUCAAUAUGAAAGGCAGAUACCAGAGUAUCAGGGAAGGACGGAGCUUUUGAAAGCCGGACUCACAGAUGGAAAUGUUCAUUUGAGGAUUCUCAAUAUCAGACGCUCUGAUGAAGGACAAUACCUCUGUUUUGUUCAAGACGAUACUUUUUAUGAAGAAACCGUAUUGGAACUGCGAGUAGCAGAUCUGGGCUCUGCUCCUCUCAUCUCUGUUGAGGGUCACCAGGAUGGAGGGAUCCGGGUGGUUUGUCGAUCAACUGGUUGGUACCCAGAGCCUGAGGUGCUGUGGAAAGAUUUCUAUGGACAACAUUUACCAUCACUCUCUGAAACAAAAUCCCAAGGGAAUAACGGCCUGUUUGAAACAGAAACUGCGAUCAUUGUAACAGAACAUUCAAACCAAAACUUGUCCUGUUGCAUCAGGAACACCGUUCUCAAUCAAGAAAAGGAAUCAGCAGUUUAUAUAGCAGAUCCAUUUUUCCCGAGGGUGAAUUCCUGGAUGGUGGCUCUCAGUGUGAUCCUGGUGGUUUUGUUUGGUUUGAUUGGCCUCACUGUUUAUCUCUUUAAAAUGAAAGACAAACGAGAUAACGAAAUAAGGUGGAGAAGAGCUUUGGCACCUAUAGAAGAAGAGAAUGUGACUCUGGAUCCAGACACGGCUCAUCCCAACCUCAUCCUGUCUGAGGAUCGGAAAAGUGUGAGAUGUGGAGACACACGGCAGGAUCUGCCCAACAACCCUGAGAGAUUUGACACUGAGUGCUAUGUGCUGGGCUGUGAGGGAUUCACCUCGGGGAGACAUUGCUGGGAGGUGGUGGUGGGGGAUGGGCCAUACUGGGCUGUGGGGGUGGCCAGAGAGUCUGUGAGGAGGAAGGGACGGAUCAGCCGUAGCCCUGAGGGGGGGAUCUGGGCUGUGGAGUGGUGGGGUCAGUUCCGGGCUCUCACCUCCCCUGUGACCCCCCUGCCCCUGAGCCGGGCCCCCAGCAGGAUCCGGGUUUGUCUGGACUGUGACCGGGGGCAGGUGACAUUUAUCGGUGCUGGUGACAAGGCCCCGAUCUUCACUUUCCCGCCGGGCUCCGUCCCUGGGGAGAGAAUCCGACCCUGGCUCUGGGUGGGGUGGGGAUCCCGGCUCAGACUGUGUCCCUGAGACUGGGGACCCUGAAAUUAGCAUCUCGAGCCUCACACACCCCAGUCUCUCUGACUCUGGAGGACUCCCAUCUACCCAACCAUUGGAUCCUCAUCUCUAUGACCCCUGGAAGCUCCUCCCCCUCCCUGCAGCCCCAGGGAUGGGGGGGGGAGGGGGCGGGGUGUGAAGAACCCUGUAGCUGCAGGAGGGGCAGAGGGGCCCCGAGGGACAGGCAUGGGGGCUGGGCAGGGGGCAGAACUAACAGCUGGGCUGGGGACAGGCAGAUGUGGGGGUGGCAGGAACACAGAAUGAAUCAAUCAGGGUUUGUGGGGUUGGGGAGAAGCUGGAAGCUCCACAGCAGCAGGGAGCAUUUUGUACCAAUUGGUGGGAUUAGAUCUCAUUGGGGCUCCCAGCCAGAGCUCCUGCCACAGGGGCCCAAUCACCUUCCUCUGUAACUACGGGAGAGCCAGUAACACUGUAAUUGUCACACAAGGGGGAUGGGCAGGGAGAGUUAAAAACUCAGAAGAUAAACCAGGAUGCCUUAUAUAUUGUUUUGAGCCCUAAUGUUUUGGGGAGUCAAUUUAAUGAUUUUUGGUUCUGAUUCAUGAGUUUUAAGUUCUGGGAUUGGCAACACUGUGAGAGUCAUGGGUUGUGGUGGGGCAGGGAGGGCCAGGCUGGGCUGAACCAGAGGGAACAGAGCAAACACAAGAAAAAGAUAAAGUAAAACAAAAUAAACAGAGUCCUGGAAAAAGGGUGAAAAUUAAAUACAAGGAAAACACUCUGAAGAGGGGAACAGCCAGAGGCAGUGAGAGGGGAAGGGAUAAAUUCAGGGGAAAGAAUGGAGAACAUGAGGGGGGUGAUCUGUGACAAGGAUCAGAGGAGAGUGGAAGACACAGAGAAAUAAACAGGGAUGGUAAAUGAGGGCUAGAAAAAUGGUGAGUAAAAAUGACCAGUAUGACAGAGAAGGG